AGCUCGAGAAGUCGAGAGCCAUGGUGGUUUACGCUGAAGUUCGGAGUGUCUCAUCUUUAAUGAAAAACGAUUGUGUUUAAAUCGUUUAAAUUUAAGUGAAUAUGUAAAAGAGAAAAAUGAGUUUUGUCGACGAGAAAUUAGAAAUUGUUAACACAUGUGGACUGUGUGAAAUAAUUUGCAGAGUAGAUGAGAUUCCAGUUCACCCGUGUCUUAGAUCUUUCCCCGCGUACUAUAUUGACGAGAAUACGCGUUAUUUUUAUCCGCAGUGCGAGGAUGGAAGCAUACUUCGAAAAAGCCUGAUAGGAGAUGAAGAAUUGAAUAUAAUUGAGACGUCCAGUGAACCAGAGUUGAUCCAGCAAGCUUCUGAUGAGGAGAGCUUCGCAAAAGAAAAUGUCCCGAUAAAUGAGAAGCAACGGAAAAUAUUUCUGGAGGAGCGUCUUAUUGAGGCAAUACGGAAACGACCAGCUUUGUGGAACUUUAAGCUUCCAAUUGCAGAAAGGGGCAUUCGUACGAAAGAGAAGUUGUGGAUGGAAGUUGCCACAGUCAUGCAAGGUUUGAUUACUUCUGAAGACGCCAAAAAAAAAUGGAAAUCGCUGUCAGACACAUAUCGUAAAAAUAAAAAAGAAUCAGAAAUGCCAAGUGGCUCAGGAGCUCGUAAAAAAAUGAAGUGGAUCCACAUGGACAGGAUGGAGUUUCUUGGAAAUAUAUGUCUGCAAAGCAAUUUCAGGACAACAACGAACAUUAUAAGUAACGAUAGUUUGGACGAUGAUGACAGCACAAAUUAUAAUUUGGAAGAGAGUAUGAGCAGCAGAAGUUCAUCACGUAUUGAUUCAAGGCACUUGAGAAGACUCGAAUCUAAUACUAUUUUGAAAGAUAUUGAAGACAUACUGAACGAGCCCAUAAAUGUCAACAUACCUACUAAUGAUAUUGACAAUGAUCAGUACGCUGCGUUUGGAAUAGUGAUCGCUGCCAAGUUAAGAGCUCUCAGCGAGGAUGCUAGUGAAAGAGCAAUGAUAACUAUUCUAAACAUACUGCAAGCAGAACGUCGUAAUGAUAAAAAUAACCGAAAAUAA